UAUCAUACGAUAGGAAAUCGUUGCAAAAAGAAUCUUGAAUAUCAAUACUCUCUAAAUGGGGAAAUGUGAAUCGGCUGCCUAGAAAUCAAUACGUGUUCCCAUACAAGCCAUAAUUUUAUUCCUCAAUGCAGCGUUUGGUGUUGACAUUAUGUUGAGCAAGAUGGAGAAAUUUUGAAACAAAGGAAAUCAUUUCUAAUUUAAAUUUUACCAAAAUGGCUGAUGCAGAAGAUGACGUAACAGAAACGCCCAUUUGUGUGCAAGAGGAGACAUGUGCAGACGAUGAUGACAAUUUGGAAGCAGACGACAUCUCUGUGGCGGAAAAUGACGCGGAAACUGACGACAUUGCUUCUACUACGCAGCAAAAUGCAGAAAGUUUCAAAAUCGUUGCGGCUAUAGACUUCGGAACAACUUUUAGCGGGUAUGCGUACUCUUUUGCUGACGAGUGUGAUAAAAUAUACACGAACAAAAACUGGGGACAGACGCAGGGGUUCUUACUACACAAGACACCAACUUGCUUACUUCUGAGGCCCGACGGGGAGUUUGAGGCAUUUGGAUUUGAGGCGGUGUCCAAGUACAAUGACCUGACGGAGGAGGAAGCAGACGAUUAUUAUUAUUUUGACCGAUUUAAGAUGAAACUUUUCGACAACAAGGACUUACAUUCUGAUAUUUUAUUGGAGGAUGCGAAGGGAAAGCAGCAGCCGGCUGUGGACGUGUUUGCUAAGUCACUGUAUUACAUGAAGGAACAUCUUCUUAGGGCGAUGAAAACUAACCUUGGGCUCGAUCCCGACCCUCUGUCUAUUCGCUGGGUGCUUACUGUUCCUGCAAUUUGGGAUGAAAAUUCAAAGCAGUUCAUGAGAGAAGCUGCUCACAGGGGUGGCUUGAUAGAUACGCUCUAUAGCAAUCAACUUGUAAUCGCCCUUGAACCGGAAGCUGCGUCAUUGUACUGUCGAACACUUCCGGUUAGCACAUUUACGUCUACAGGUGAUGACGCUCAGAAACCUUCCUUUGAGUCUGGAACUAAAUAUCUCGUCGUAGAUGCAGGAGGUGGUACCAUUGACAUUGUUGCCCAUAAGGUAAGGAAAGAUGGUCGCAUACGAGAAUUGUUCCGUGCUACAGGAGGUGCUUGGGGAGGCACAAUGAUUGACAAUCAGUUCUUGAAUCUCCUCAACAAGAUUUUUGGUGAAGACUUCAUGUUAGCAUUCCAGAAUGAAUUUCCAAAAGACUUUGUUGAACUGCUGCAAGACUUUGAAAUAAAGAAAAGGGGUGAAUGUGAAAGUAUUAGAGUAUCUUUACCGUACAAUUUUUGUAACUACAAACAUCUAGGCCGACCUGUGCAGGAAUGCAUAAAACAGUUUGCCGCGCAGGCGGAAGCGGAAAUUAAAUUCUCGUCUGGUAAACUAGUGAUGUCAGCAGCCGUUGUAAACGAGUUGUUUCAAGAUGCGCUCGUUCAAAUUAACGACCAUUUACAAUCACUAAUGAAGAAAACAAGAUUAAAGGAUGUAAGAUACAUUUUUCUUGUCGGUGGAUUUGCCGAAUCAAGUAGAUUACAAAGGGCGAUAAAGGACGAAUUCAGUAGUGAAAGCGUAAGUGUCCUUAUACCGGAAGAAGCCAGUUUAGCAGUCGUUAGGGGAGCUGUGGCCUUCGGUAGGGAUCCGAGCUCAAUAUGUCAGCGAAUCUGCAGGUUCACUUAUGGGGUUGGCUCUUAUUUACCCUUUGAGGAAGGAGUUCACAGACCGGAUCUGAAAGUUGAAUCUGAUGGAAUGGCUUUGUGCAAGAGUAUUUUACAGAUUUGGGCUGAAGCGGGAGAAGUUAUAGGACACAAUGAAAUAUGGAAAGAAACUUACACACCCAUAAUUACAAACCAAAAAGGUAUUAUAUUUGAAUUUUAUAAGUCAUCGAAAAGAAAAGUAAAGUACACAGACGAGGAGGGGGUCUCCAAAUGUGGGUGUUUGGUUGUCGAGAUGCCGGAUAUGACAGGUGACAAGUCACGUUCCGUUGACCUUGAGGUCAUCUUUGGCGGGACGGAAAUUAGGGUUGUCGGAUAUGACCAUACCAGUAACACAACAAGGGAAACAUACAUUGACUUCUUAGCUUCAUGAAUUCAGUGUGUUAGGUUUCGGUCAACUACAGUAUAGACGUUUGAAGAUUAAUAACAACGGAACCUAUGAAAGAUUGGUUAUAUGAAAUAAGGAGAAGUUUUUCUGACAUUGAGAUGAAAUCAUAAGGCAUUUUAUAGAAUUUAAUAUAGAAUUUGGCUAGAGAUUUCAUUGGUUUAAUCAAAAUUUAUAAAUCAUUGACUAAUGUAGCAACUGAGAGGAUAAUUUGGAUAUCAUUGCAUCUUGUGCGUCUAUGCGUUUGUCAUUUCUGAACUAAAACAGUCACUGAUGUUUUACUUACAAAAAACAUACAUAUAGCUACAAAAGUGACCUGAAGUAUAGUUGUUGUUUUGUUGUUGUCUACACAUAUACCUCUGUAUCCACACUUGUGAUUAUCUUAUGUUACUGUUAUGUUGUAGCGUGUAUAUUUUGUUUUAUCCGUAAUUUGUUUCAAAGCCAUAGCCUUGUUUUUGUUUUAUGUGAGAAAAUUUCAUCAUUAUUGAAAUAUUCAAAUAUUUUUGCGUGUUUUAUUCGUAUGUGUUCUAAAUAAUAUAAAAGAAAAAUAAACCUA